AUGACCGAUCAACUUUCUAAUGCUGACACUGCAGUCCGUGCAGGUGAACAGAACAAAGAUGAAUCAUCAGCUCCAAUGUUUGACCCUGAAGUGUUGCCUCCAAGAACAGGAUUUUUGAGAAUUAACUGGUACAAGAGAUCUGGAAGGUACAGACAAUUCCCAACUUCUUGCGCUGCCGGAUGUGCCUUGGUUGCCGUUUCUCUUUUCUCCCUCGGUUUGAUUCUUUGCGGAGCUGAAAAUGUUUCAAGCCCUAGCAUUCUUUCUGGAUUGUUAUUCUUCUCUUCUGGUUUAGUGGAGAUAAUCACUGGUAUUUGGGCUAUUGUUGACAACAACUUGUUUGGCUCUACUUUCUUGUUAUGCUAUGGUGCCUUCUUCAUGUCCAUUGGUUCUAUUCUUUGUGAUCUGUUUGGUGUCGCAUCUUCUUACGAUUCUACUGAUGAUUUGAAUAAUGCUUUGGGUAUCUUCCUUUGUGCUUGGCUUGUCUUCACUUUCUUCAUGUGGUUAGCUACUAUCAAGUCUACAAUUCCUAUUUUCGCUUUGAUGACAUUCCUAUUUUGCUUCUUCUUGCUCUACACUAUUGCAACCUUCGGAAAUCAUUCCGGUUGUAAAACCACUGCUGGUAUCUUCUGCUUCUUGACUUCCGCAUGUGCAUUCUACGCUAUGUGGGAUGGCUUGAGCGCAAAUGCCAACGCUUAUGUCCUUGCUCCUGAGUUCAAGUGGACCAGGAUGCCUGGUGCCAGGGACCAACCAACUGACAUCAGCAGAAUUGAGAUUGUCUAA